AUGAACUACGAAAAUCCUCCACCUUACUCCGGUCCGGGCCCGACUGCCCCUUACCCACCCUAUGCACAACAACCGGGUGGUCCUCCUGGCCCGUACCCAGGCUAUCCUCCUGGACCUACCGGGCCCUACCAGCCGGGCCAGCCAGGUUAUCAAGGCUAUCCCCCGUAUGGAUGGCAAAAUCCACCUCCGCCUCCAGGACCAGUGUAUGCCGAUGGGCCUAAAAACACAGAUCAUGGCACUGUGCGGUUCCAGGAGCCUGGGCCCAGCUGUGGAAAGAAGUGCUUCCCCCGGGGACCCUUCCCAUCCAAGGGGUGCUGCAGCGAUGGGAGGGGGCAGCACGUCCUCACGGGGUGCUGCUGCAGCGAUGAAAUCGCAGUCCAGGGGGCUGCAGCACACAAUGUCUCCAGCCAGCUUGGGCCACCCACGCUGGGUGCUGGCGUGCAGGGGGGCACCGCGGCUGUGCCGGGGCGGCAGGCGUGCUUGGGUGUUGCCACGCCGCUCUCCGACUGA